CUUUUUUUCUUUUUUUGCGCAAAAGUAUAAACAAGACGAAAAAUGGAAUUUUUAUUUGGAAAAAGAAAAACACCUGCAGAAGUUCUACGUCAACACCAACGAGCCAUCACCAAAGCUCAACGAGAAUUAGACCGUGAAAGGGAAAAAUUGGAACGCCAAGAGAAAAAACUGAUUGCAGAUAUCAAAAAAUCCGCUAAAGCAAAUCAGAUGGGCGCAUGUAAAGUCAUGGCCAAAGAUUUAGUGCGUACAAGACGUAAUGUACAAAAGUUUUAUCAAAUGAAGACUCAGUUACAAGCAGUUGGGUUGCGUAUUCAAACUCUUCGAUCUAGUCAACAAAUGGCUGAGGCUAUGAAGGGCGCUACAAAGGCCAUGGGCUCUAUGAAUAAACAAAUGAACUUACCCAAGAUUCAACAAAUUAUGAUGGAAUUCGAAAGAGAAAGUGAAAUGAUGGAUAUGAAGGAUGAAAUGAUGGGAGACGCCAUUGAUGAUGCUUUCGAAGAAGAUGAAGAUGAAGAAGAAUCAGACGAGAUUGUUAACAAAGUUUUGGACGAAAUUGGAAUCAGCUUCAACCAAGAGCUCUCUGAAGUUCCAACAGGUAUCAGACAAACCGAGGCACCAGCUGCUGCACCUGCUGAAAGAGUUGCACAGGCAGAAGGUGGUUUGUCUGCCGAUGAUGCUGCUUUACAGGCAAGAUUAGACAAUUUGAGAAGAGAAUAAAAGAGAAAUACCCUCAUUAUAUAUUUUAUUAUGUUUACGAUUAAGUUAAUUUUGUAUAGCUCGGUGGUGCAAUUCUUCUCCUGAUCAUCUUAACAAUAUAUAAUGGACAGCUACUUACUGCUGUGAUAACAGCAACCUUCCAUACAAACCUACUUGUUAAAAUAAAUUGCAUAUCUAUUUUAAAAAGAUUUAUAAAA